GUGUCUUCAGGGCCCAGCGGGCGGGGUGGUGGUGGAUUAGGGGGUGGACAGAAGCUUUCGCCCGCGGCGGACUGUGGCCCACUCUGGCUGCAAAGGCUCUCGCAGCGUGAAUACCAUGGGCUCUUGCUCCGGCCGCUGCACGCUUCUUGCGCUCUGUGCUCUGCAGCUGGUCACUGCUCUGGAACGGCAGGUGUUUGACUUCCUGGGCUACCAGUGGGCACCCAUCCUUGCCAACUUCGUCCACAUCGUCGUGGUCAUCUUGGGACUCUUUGGCACCAUUCAGUAUCGGCCACGCUACAUUGUGGUGUAUGCUGUAUGGGCAGCUGUCUGGGUUACCUGGAACGUCUUCAUUAUCUGCUUCUACCUGGAAGUGGGGGGCCUCUCAAAGGACAGUGAUUUCUUGACCUUCAAGCUCUCCCGGCAUCGCUCCUGGUGGGAAGAGCAUGGGCCAGGCUGUCUUCAUGAACAGGCAGCCACAGCUGGCCUAGGGACACUACAUGGCCAGUCCUUGGUGAUGGGUGCUGGCUGUGCCAUGGCGCACACCUAUGUGGAAGCUCUACACAGCGGCCUACAGAUCCUGCUGGCGCUCCUGGGUUUCGUCUAUGGCUGCUACGUGGUCAGUGUGCUUACAGAAGAAGAGGACAGCUUUGAUUUCAUUGGUGGAUUUGACCCAUUCCCCCUGUACCAUGUCAAUGAAAAGCCGUCCAGCCUCUUGUCCAAGCAGGCAUAUUUGCCUGCAUAAGUAAGGGAAUGGCUGACCCUGCUCCUGCAACCCAGCUUCAACCAUGAAAACAAUGAGGAGACUUGAGGCCUGGAGUCACAGCCCUGCUUCCCUGCCUAGCAUAUUUUCAAGUUCACCUUGGAUACCAGUGAGGGGCAGGGGAUAAUACAGGCCAGAGUGGCUACAACUGCAAUUUGUGAUUUCUUUUUUCUAAACAAACAAACAAACAAACAAACAAACAAGAAAAUACAUGAGAGAAUAUAGAAACAAAAAAAUUUCAUCCCUCGUCUUCUUGGGCAGCUGGCAGCAAACUUGGGUAAUUUUCCCAAGAGUUCCCUGGGUGCUCUGUCCUGGGGUUACAAGAUCUGCAAACCACAGACUGCUGCCAGGGAAAUUGCCCAUCAGAGGACAGUAAGAAUGUUUAGUCCCCUCUCUGACAUGAACUCAGUGGCUGGCUCUUUGAUCAUCUCCCCCUGAGGUGGGAGCAGCCUUACCAGGUCACUAUGAAAGACAGUCCUGAUGAGACCUGAUAGGCUAGGGUCAGAUGGAUGGUGAGGAGGUCCUCCCCUAUCAGUGAACAGGGGAAGGGGCAUGAGAGGAGAUGAAGAAGGGAGGGAGGGCGGGAUUGGGAGGGAAU